AUGUCGAAAGUACCACAAAUAUACUGUCGCCAACCGCGAACAGUGCAAUUGAUACAAGCCCAGCCGGUUUUCAAGCCGGUGGAGAACUUCGAAGCACCCACAUUGGAGACCAGAUGCUCUGCCUACUCGCCCGACGGAACGCUUUUUGCAUACACACAGCCGAGCUGUGUGACCAUCUGCGAGGCGGAUACGGGACGCGUACUUUUCACCAUUCCUGUCGGAGACGUGUUUGACUUCCAGUUCUCGCCCAAAGGCACGUUUUUGACCACCUGGUCCAAACCGACAAAGUUGGACGAUGAGUCCGGGAACUGGGCCAACAACGUCACCGUUUGGAAAUUGGACCUAGCCAGCAGCGCUGGGGUGUCCAUUCAGUCGUAUCUGAACAAGAGCCAGUCGGGCUGGAAGGCCCAGUUCACCAGCGACGAGUCGAUUUUCUGCCGGAUGAUCAACAUGCAUCAGAUCGACUUUUUCAAGUCCCAUGAGCCGGGCCAGAAAGCCAUCUACUCGAUCAACGUCAAGGAUCUUGGCCAGAUUCAGUCAUUCAAGAUGUCCCCGGGCAAGAACCCGUCUCUGGCGCUGUUUGUGCCGGGAUCCAAAGGCAAACAGUCCUACAUCCAGGUGUACUCUCUGCCCAACGUCAAGACUCCAACUUCCCAGAAACAGUUUUUCAACGGCGAGUCGUGUCAGUUCACCUGGAACGACCUCGGCACCUCCAUUCUUGCCCUGGUCAGCACCGAUGUGGACUCGUCCAACAAGUCGUACUAUGGCCAGACCACGCUGUAUUUAUUGGGCAUUUCGGGAGCCUUCGACCAGCGAAUCGCUCUGGACAAAGAGGGGCCGAUCCACGACAUCACGUGGUCGCCCACGAGCCGUGAGUUUGCCGUGAUCUACGGCUACAUGCCGUCGCAGACGACGUUUUUCGACGCCAGAGGAAAUGCCAUCCACUCUCUGCCGCAAAACUCGUCCAACACCAUUUUGUUCUCUCCACAUGCCAAAUUCAUCCUGGUGGCAGGAUUUGGCAACUUGCAAGGCAAUGUCGAUAUUCUCGAUAGACAGAACAAGUUUGCCAAGGUGGCCUCCUUCAAGGCUUCCAACACCUCGGUUUGCAAGUGGUCACCAGAUGGCCGCUACAUCCUGACGGCCACCACGUCUCCGCGGCUGCGUGUCGACAACUGCGUCAAGAUCUGGUACGCCAACGGGUCGCUGUGCUACGUCAAGGAGUUUCCGGAGUUAUACAGUGUCGACUGGAGGUUCCAACCGCUGAGCGACUUCCCGCCUAUCAAAGGCCUGGACGAGUGCUGCACGCCAGACGUUUCUGCGGUCGAGUAUCUGGCCAAAAGGGCCAAGAUCUCGUCUGCAGCCGACAAGCCUGCUGGCGCGUACAGACCGCCUCACGCGAGAAACCAGCCGUCCGAGCCGGUGAGAACGUUGGCGCAGAGAGAAGCGUUGCAACGCAAAAAACAAGUGCCGGGUGCAAUUCCUGCGAAAAAGGCGAUUCCGGGUGCAGUCGAGCCUGCAAAGCCGCAGAAACAGCAACAGCAGAAGAAGAAGAAAGGCGAGGAGAAGUCUCAGCCGCAAAAACAGGAGACCGAGGCCGGAGUCAUUGGCGGAGUCAUCUCGUACGAGGAGAAGAAAAUUAGAAACCUGCUGAAAAAAUUGCGUGCCAUCGAACAGCUCAAAGUGAAGAAGGAGAACGGAGAGUUUCUGGAAGACACGCAGGUGCUCAAGAUCCAGACGGAGCGCCAGGUCCGCAAGGAACUGGCUUCUCUAGGCUGGUCUGAAUAA